GUCUUCCUCAUUGGCGCCGCGCGGAGAGGCGGAAUGUUCAACUCCUGACUCCGGCGGAAGCGUGGGAGCCGCGCGGGCCGCUGUCCCCGACCCCGGCCUCUGCUCGCGCCCGGCCCGGGAGCAAGGUUUUGUGGACGUUUACUACUUGGUCAUUAUGAGAUGUCGUCUCUCGGUGCCUCCUUUGUGCAAAUUAAAUUUGACGACUUGCAGUUUUUUGAAAACUGCGGUGGAGGAAGUUUCGGGAGUGUUUAUCGAGCCAAAUGGAUAUCCCAGGACAAGGAGGUGGCUGUGAAGAAGUUACUCAAAAUAGAGAAAGAGGCAGAAAUCCUGAGUGUUCUCAGUCACAGGAACGUCAUCCAGUUUUACGGAGUGAUUCUGGAACCUCCCAACUAUGGCAUUGUCACAGAAUAUGCAUCCCUGGGAUCCCUGUAUGAUUACAUUAACAGCAACAGGAGCGAGGAAAUGGACAUGGAGCACAUCAUGACCUGGGCCACCGACGUAGCCAAAGGGAUGCACUACCUGCACAUGGAGGCUCCGGUCAAGGUGAUCCACAGAGACCUCAAGUCAAGAAACGUUGUCAUUGCUGCUGACGGAGUGCUGAAGAUUUGUGACUUCGGUGCAUCGCGGUUCCAUAACCAUACAACACACAUGUCCUUGGUUGGCACUUUCCCAUGGAUGGCUCCAGAAGUUAUCCAGAGUCUCCCUGUGUCUGAAACCUGUGACACAUAUUCCUACGGUGUGGUUCUCUGGGAGAUGCUAACAAGGGAGGUCCCCUUUAAAGGUUUGGAAGGAUUACAAGUCGCUUGGCUUGUAGUGGAAAAAAACGAGAGAUUAACCAUUCCAAGCAGUUGCCCCAGAAGCUUUGCUGAACUGCUACACCAGUGUUGGGAGGCUGAUGCCAAGAAACGGCCAUCGUUCAAGCAAAUCAUUUCAAUCCUAGAGUCCAUGUCAAAUGACACGAAUCUUCCUGACCAGUGUAACUCAUUUUUACAUAACAAGGCAGAAUGGAGGUGUGAAAUUGAGGCUACCCUUGAGCGGCUGAAGAAGCUAGAGCGCGAUCUCAGCUUUAAAGAGCAGGAGCUCAAAGAAAGGGAGAGACGCUUGAAGAUGUGGGAGCAGAAACUGACCGAGCAGUCCAACACCCCGCUUCUCUUGCCUCUCUCUGCAAGAAUGUCUGAGGAGUCUUACUUUGAAUCUAAAACAGAGGAAUCAAACAGUGCAGAGAUGUCUUGCCAGAUCACUGCAGCGAGUAACGGGGAGGGCCAUGGCAUGAACCCAAGUCUGCAGGCCAUGAUGCUCAUGGGCUUUGGGGAUGUCUUCUCAAUGAACAAAGCAGGAGCUGUGCUGCAUUCUGGGAUGCAGAUAAACAUGCAAGCCAAGCAGAAUUCAUCCAAAACCACAUGUAAGAGGAGAGGGAAGAAAGUCAACAUGGCCUUGGGGUUCAGUGACUUUGACUUGUCAGAAGGUGACGAUGAUGACGAUGAUGGUGAGGAGGAGAAGGACGUGGAUAAUAGUGAUUGACGGCAGAAAGGAAUAAGAUCGAAAAUGUUUUGUUUUGUUUUGUUUAGAAAAACAGAAAAAAUGUAUUAUCUCAGUCUGUGCAAAAAGCAGCAUAGGGAGGCAGAGCCCCCAGCACGGCGCCUUAGGCCGAGUUCAUUUAGGGUGGUUUCCUCAUCAGCGUGACUUUGCUUCUGCGUUCAGCAAAGGGCGGGGAAUUAAGCUAAAGGCAUAUUUAUCAGUGAGUGUGGUGCCUGGUUAUAGAAAUAUGUGAUUACAUACAUAUCAUGUUCUCAUGUUCUCGAGCUAAUGACAUUUGGGCUUUUUCUUCUUAAAGCGCAUGCUUUGUAGUUUGUAUUUGACUGUAUUUAAACCUUUGGCUCAGUUGGUUAAGAAAAUGUCCAUUUUGAACACGCACUUUGCUCCCCACUCCGCUCUGACACUCGACUCUCCCCAGCGUUCCAAGGUUUCUUCCUUGUACAGCACAUUCUAAUGGCAGAGGUGAUUGGCAACUGUAAAAUCCAGAAAACCAAAACAAAAAAACCUGAGGUGAGGUGAAAGAAGGUUAUAACAAACGCCCCUUCAGAAAUACCUUAAUGCCAAGAAUUUUCAAUGCCAAACAGCACACGGCUCCUCAAAGUAAAACCCGAGUGGUGUUCUCAGUAGUAACAUUCGAAGGAGAAAUGCUCUGCUUUGAAGCGAGCAGCAGACGAGCUUGCAUCCCCAUGCUGGCUGGAAGCAUCCUAACAAGAGCGCAGUGUCACCCUAGGCUUAGCGUGUCCUUUACACAGAAGCACAUGGUCCCAAAGGGACGUGUCUAGCCAUGAACAGGAUGAGCAGGAGCCUGCUCUUUCCAUACGAUAAAGGCACUCUAUUUCUUUGUUUUCCAGGGGUGCAUAAUAAUACUACUAGAUUCUAAUCUGUGUGUAGGAAAAACCACACAUAGGAAAUAGGAACGAUAAAUUAAUUAUCCUUCUUAGACACAAGUACUCUCUGAAGGGGUCUUUCUGUUACAUGUAGCCUCCCCCAGCACACCCACUUCCUUUCCUUUGUAUUGUUCUCUAUUACACUGGCUAGGGAAAUAAAUUCAGGUACCACUUACUAUGAAGGCCAGGCCACCCAGAGACACUCGAAGAAGACUAAUAUAGCGGCUAAAACUUAUUUAAACUAUAAACGGCAUAUAAAAAUUACAACUAGAUAAAGUUAAGACAAAAGUCCUUAUCAAUCUAACUCAGAAAUUGGUGUCAUUCAUUUGACAAUGGAAGUUAAAUACUCUUGGUGGGCUUUUCUAUACAGAAGCUAUAACCUCAGGUGGGUACGGUAGCUCAUGUCAUAAUCCUGGCUCUCGGAGGCUGAGGCAGGACAGUAGUGGGUUUAGUAUUAGCUAUGUUGCAAGACUAUGUAUGAGCAACGUUGCAAGACUCUGUCCCAAGAAAGGACUAGAUACGUGAGGUACGACGGGCCUCUAACCCUUGAUGAGGACCGAAAAGUAGAAUCCAAAGUGGAAAGUGUGCUACAGCUUUAUCUGGGGAGAAAGAACAGUGGAAUGUUCUGGGUAUGUCUGCUGUGCAGUCCCAGGUAGACUAUGGAAUCUCUGAACCUGCCAGCCCUUCGCUACCCUGACAGGGAUGCUAAUGUACUUCAAAGAUAAAGGUUCAGAAGUAUGUAACCAUGUAGCAUAGCACCGGGCCAUGGCAGGGCCCAGGUAGCACCAGCUAUGGUUAACCGCCAAGUUAAGGAGACACUGAGAAGUGUGUUCUGUAACCUGGACCACUAAACUAUCUAUUGCAAAUGACACUUGCUCGGAAGUAUGAAGUUAAAAGUAGAUGGCUUUCAGGAAAAAUAAAGAGAGAAAUUCUUAGAAUGUAAACUACACAAACAGUUUAAUUCAGUUGCCUUGGAACCUACGUGCCAUGCCGGAUCCACAUGCGCUGGGUGUUUACAGACAGGAAAAGGCUGCGGAAGAAGACAGCCCACCCCGCAACCCCCAUCCCGCUGAAAGUUGGAAUCCUCGGCGCAUGCGUACUCAGCACAUGUAGUCAGGCUGCUCAAACAGAAAGUCUUAGAUGGAGCAGAAAGGAUGCCUAGCAACUCCUGAUUUCCCAGCAUGCUGUGGGCACCUGAAGGAGACAGUGGGAGGUGAGGGAGCCUCUUGCACUCCUGCCCAGGCAAAAAUAAAGCCUCGUGUUCAACAAGCCUUCGCUGGGACCCACUGUCUACCGAGUUCUAGAGGACAGCUAGAUGAUAGACAGCCUUUGCACUCGUGGAGCGUGCAUGCUAGUGAGCAUCACAGAACGGUAAGAUUCGCUAAGUGCGUGCUGGAAAUUGAAGCAAGCAAGGAAGAUGGGAGCUAGAGGGAGAAGUCUCAAAGUGUGCUCAGGAAAGGCCCGCUGUUACAUGGUGAUGUAAUGUUUACACAGAGCCCAAGAAGGUGAAGGGACCUCUGAGAGGCCAGUUCUGCCCUAUAUGUAAGAACAUAAACCUCACCACCCACUAAGCAAGAGUUGGUUUAGAACAGAUAGAUGGCAUGGAAAUAAUGUAUUUCCUAAAUUAAUACCUAAUUCAUAUUCUAUAUAAAAUUUUUAGUGCAUUAAAAAUUGUCCCCAUCUCCUAACUGCUGCCGCUUUCUCUACCAACAUUGCAGCUAUGCUCAGCUCAGUCCUCAGUUAUGAAGAAACCACAGGACUUAGGAUAGAGCAGGAGCCUUGGGGAAAAGCUUCCAACUGCUCCAUCUAGAACCAGAGAAUAUGCCAUUGGCCAUUUUACUUCUGCUCCAAUUAGUGUUCAUCUUGUGGCUUUAAAAUGUACAAAUAUACCAGAAACCCGACUCAAAUAAACAGGACCCCAUAGAGUUCUCACACCUCCUGUAAAAAUUCCUAUAGAGCUUUAGAGUCAGUUAAUUUUGUAAGAAAUGUCUAUUAGCUACAUGAAGAAUUUCUCACGAAGCCAAUGUCGAAGGUUUAACUCACUUCUUAGAUCAGUUUUUGAAAUGACCAAUUAAUUUAUCAGUGUUAGAUUUUAUUCCAGUGACCUGACUUACAAAGGAACACAAUUCAAAAGUUAAAGAAAUCCUGAAAAGAAGUGAAGGUUCAGAAUGAGAAUUAGAACUAUUGAUUGUGGUACUAAGUGUCAGUCAGACACCUUAAAACACUGCCUCUGACAUUUCUUUACUCGUAAAGCUAAUGUAUAGAAUUUGGGGGCAUCCAUAGUGGUUCUCAGCUGAGAAGUAAUGUGACCUUGGCCAGCCAGCAUUUACUGUAGACUGGUGGCAUCCUGCUUGCCAGGGGCAGCCCCCUCUUGCAAAGGUUUCCAUGCACAAUCUCCGUACAGUUGUCCUGUCCCCACUGUGCUGCUCGUUAAACCUGACACAUCUGCGAUUCCAACUCUAGUUUUUUUUUUUCCCCCAAACAAAAUCACCCACGCCUUCUUAGAACAAUAAGGACGCCUUCUGCAUGUCCGGAGGCUGCAGCUUUUUCUCAAAUCACUGAUGGUGGAAACGAUUAUUUUCCUUCCCCCACUUAAGGUUGGUAGCAGAAACACUACGACAUUAUUGUAUCUGCUGGGGGAGGGGCGCUGCCCCAGCAUGGUGACUCCACAGUAGUACAACCCUGGUGGACUUGCUGUCAUGCUGAAGUCAUGUAAAGGGCAUUUUUCCUAACUUUUUUUUUUAAGCAAAAUCACAUUUUAAUGGUUCACAAUUAGCCAAUGGGAUGUGGUGGCAGACACCUGGCACACUGCUUUUGAUGCUCUGAAAAUACUGUUUGUGUUUUUUAACCAGUGCCUCUUUUUUAUUAAUAUGCAGUGAGUUUGUUAGACUCUGAACACCAGCUGAGGUAUUCACGCUUGAUCCCCAUUGAAAUCAAAGGGACUAAGGGAAGGGGUGGCAUCUAGGAGAGACUCAGACCCAUUUCCCAUCCAGUUACCAUGCAUGUAUAUGACUUUAGUUUCCAUUAGCAUGCCAAGAACUUCAUGAAAGAUGGUCUUAAAAACCUAGCCUGAGUUAAAUAUUGAUACUUUAAGAACAUUUUUCUGUCACACUAGACUUGGAGAGCCUUGUGAAGCCAGUCGAGCCUCACUGUACCACAGCACACAGUAAGGCGUAAUUCUAUAAUCAGGCACCUCCUGCUGCUUUCGAGUAAGACCCGUUUUCCUGUGUAGACUAACACUGCAGCAGAGGCUCAACCCUGCUGGACGUGACGCAGCCUGGCUGCUGUCAGCACAGCAUUCUGUGGUUGAAAAAUGAGUGUCUAUCAGGGAAUCCUGGACAGGCCAUGUUUUCUCAGACCCCAACUUUGUGGGCACUCUGUUGCUUGUGUGAGGAACUUUCUGGCAUGUGGAUAAUUAUUGCCAACUAGAGUUCAGGCACCCAUGCAACUGUUUUGUAGCGUGUGCAGAACACCCUUAGUUCCGACACGACACAUUGCUUCUGCACCCUGAAAACCUGCUAUCGGAAAAGUUUCUAUCCUUGGAGUGUGAGCUUUCAGUAGGAGGCCUCAUCACUGUGUUUGCAUAACAAUCUUCUCGCCUCCACUCCGUUGCAAUGUUAUUCUGAGCAAGUCUUAUGCCAAAUGCCAUGUACAAUGUCUGUAUGGAAGAUUAAACUGUGCUCUGGUGUGGUAAGGCCGUUUAGUUGCCGACUUCGUAGUUGGAAGCUGAUAUUCCAGCACCGAGUCCACGAUGUAUUCAGAAAUCCAAGUUGGCGUCGCACGUUUCAUUCUGAUGUGAACUUUUCUCCGCUUUCUUUUGUUCUAAGACUCCAUUUUGCAAUAAACGUUUUGACAGUAAA